AUGCGCUUGGGUGGCCGUAAUGCGCUCCUCAGUCAUGCCGUGAAGCCUUGGUCCAGGUCACGAGCGACCGCGACCGCUGCACAUCUUCGCCUUCAAUCGCGGAGCUACUCGACCCCUCCUCCCAGCAUUGUCGGCAAUGCUCCUCUUCGAGACUCACCCAACCCCAACGCGAAAAGCGUGGCCAUUCUGGGCGGCGGGAUCACGGGCCUAGCAGCGGCGUGGAAUCUCCAAAGGAAUAUUCCUGGGGUCAAGGUCAUAAUCUAUGAAAAGAGCCACGUGCUUGGAGGAUGGGUACAGUCAGAGAGGAUCCCGGUGCAAGACGGGCACAUCUUGUUUGAAUGGGGCCCUCGCACAUUGAGGCCUGCAUUGAGCAGUCUGUCGGGGGCGGCCACGGUGGACUUGAUCGCACAACUCGGUAUCGUGGACAGUCUUGUCCCCAUUGCCAAGGACAGUCCAGCAGCCGCGAACCGCUUCAUCUACUACCCCGACCACCCGGUGGUCAUGCCCGGUCCCGGGCUAGGCCUUUGGGGACUCAUCAGCCGGUUAUUGAAGCUUCGGCGUGAACCGAUCUUCAAUGGGGUAUUGCAGGGACUCUUGGUUGAGCCCUAUGUCGCACCUCGGAAUCCAAGCGUCAAGGACGAAUCUGUCGGCGAUUUCCUGGCACGCCGAUUUGGAAAGCCUCUGGCAGAUAACUUCGCAUCCGCCUUUUUCCAAGGAAUCUAUGCUGGAGACAUCUACAAACUCAGCGCCCGCACUACACUGCCACUGCUGUGGCAUCUUGAGGGACGUUAUACCGAGAACGAAGUGGGUGUUCUUCUGCAGUUCGCAGCUCUGCGAUACCAAGGCCGGGCUCUUAUACCGAAGACCGACGCUUUUUUCACCGAUGUAUAUGCUCGAACCGAAGCCGCCGCCGCCUCGGUGGCUCGCGAGUCGUACACAAGCAUGAAGGCGCUUGCACUAAUGUUGCUUCGGCAAGCGAGUGUCUAUACUUUUACCGAUGGUCUCAGCAAGAUGACUGUGGCGUUAGCAGACCGACUCAGCGACAGCCCGAAUGUUGAAUUACGGACCUCUUCUCCAGUCGACGAUGUCACAUACGACAAGAAGAAAGCCAAAGUCUCUGUUCGUUCUGGCAACAGGAUCGACAAUUUCGAUUACGUGGUGUCGACGUUAGGACCUGGGAUGACCAACAAGUUCCUGUCGUCGACAGCAAGCACGCGAGGAGCAGCACUGGAGCCACAAGUAACAAAAGCAUGUGAGCGGAACGGCAAAGGCGUUACUGUUAUGGUGGUGAACCUGUACUACCCCACUCCGGACAUGCUUCCUCAAUAUAUUCGUGGUUUCGGCUACCUCAUCCCACGCACGGUUCCGCUUGAAGAAAACCCCGAGCGUGCCCUGGGCGUCAUAUUUGGUUCGGAAACGUCGGGACGUCCGGACACACUCGUAUAUCCCUUGAGACAUGAUGGGACAAAAGCACAGGACACAGGUCCUGGAACGAAAAUCACGGUCAUGCUGGGGGGACACUGGUGGGAUGGCUGGGCUCCCAGCGACUUGCCUAGUGAAGAGCAAGCGAUAGAAAUGGCAAAAGCGCUACUGCUCCGCCAUCUUGGCGUUGAUGGCUAUCCUGAGGUAGCCAAAGCCCAACUGAACCGCAACUGCAUCCCACAAUAUCCCGUAGGAUAUCGGGAUGAUAUGGCCACCAUCCACAAAUCUCUGAUGUGCGAAUUUGACGGACGCUUCAAAGUCGCAGGUCCGUGGUGGCAAGGAGGAGUGGGCAUGGGCGAUUCUAUCCGCAAGGCUCGCGAGGUUUCCUGGAUGAUUGAACAGCAGUGGGACGACCGGACUGGCCUGGAACAUUAUGACGGAGAGGACGAGUGGUAUGUUUGGGACAGUAACGCCAAACAGCUGGUUAAGGAUCCAGCGACUUGA